AUGUCUUCCGACCACCCGCUCGAUCCAUUGACACCGGAGGAAAUAUCAAGGGCUACAGAGAGAGUCCGACCAUUGUUUGACGAUUGGGAGUUGAACUUCAGGGUCAUCACACUAAGAGAACCACCAAAGGCCGAGCUAGUCAAAUACCUCGAAGCGGAGCAUGGAGGAGACGUACCACCAGCCUUCGAUCGUUGUGCUCGUGUGGAGAUACUCGUCAAGGACAGCGUGGAGACGAUUGAUUUGCUGGAGCUUAUUGUUGACCUUAACAACAAUUCAAUUAUCAAGCAGCAACACCUCGAGGGCAAGCAUUCGUACAUCGACUCUUCGUACAUGAAAGAGGUCGAAGAAGCAUGCAUAGCCAACUCCAAAGUGCAGGACGAAAUCAAGACACUCGAUCUACCACCUGGCGCCUCUGUCAUCAUUGAACCAUGGGCAUACGCUACAGACGGUUCGAAUGACAUGUCGCGUCGCAUCACCAUGUGUUGGUUCUACCUUCGCCUCACGGAUCAUCCGGAUGCGAACUACUACGCCUACCCCCUCGACCUCUGCGCGGAAGUCUCAGAAGACCUUGAAGUCACCAAAGUGUACCGCCUGCCGUCUUCGGCCAAUCAGCAGAUCCACAACGAACCCGGUCCAUUCGAUCGCAGUAAGAUCCAUCCAACCGAGGCAAGCGAGUUUCAUCCCAAUCUACGACCCAGUCCUCGCACCACGACAAAGCCGUAUCAGGUUGUCCAGCCUGAGGGUCCAUCAUUUCGGGUUGAUGGACAGAAGGUGACUUGGGAGAAGUGGACGUUUAGAGUGGGGUUCAACUAUCGUGAGGGCCUUACUUUGCAUGACAUUCGGUAUGAUGGUCGAAGCUUGUUUUACCGCUUGUCGCUGGCUGAGAUGUUUGUGCCGUAUGGCGACCCUCGAGCUCCAUAUCCGAGGAAGGGUGCGUUCGACUUGGGCAACGAUGGUGCCGGCAUCAACGCAAACAACCUGCAGCUGGGAUGUGAUUGUCUCGGUACGAUCAAGUACUUCGAUGGAUGGCACAACACCUCCUCCGGUCUUCCUCUCAGGCUGCCCAAUGUGAUCUGCCUUCACGAGCAAGACGACGGCAUCCUCUGGAAGCACACCAACUUCCGCACCGGGCAUGCAGUAGUGACCCGCUCGCGCAUCCUCGUCCUACAAACCAUCAUCACCGUCAGCAACUACGAAUACAUCUUCGCCUUCCACUUCGGGCAAGAUGCCUCUAUCAACUACGAAGUGCGUGCCACCGGUAUUCUCUCAACCGUCCCCAUUGCCCUCGAUGAGCCCAAACCACCCUUCGGCACCAUUGUCGCACCGGGUGUGCUUGCACCCUACCAUCAGCACCUAUUCUGCCUGCGCAUCGACCCCGCCAUCGACGGCCACAGAAACUCCAUCGCGAUUGAAGAAUCACACGCGAUGCGCAUUGACGACGCAAACGUGCACAACCCCUUCGGCGUCGGCUACGAAACACGCACAAGCUACAUUGAGCGCGAAGGCGGUUUCGAUCUCGACGUUACCAAGAACCGCGUCUUCAAGAUCGUCAACGAAGCAAAUAUAAACCCGAUGACACAGACACCCGUAGCCUUCAAACUCCUCCCGUCAUACAGCCAGAUGCUGCUCGCCCACCCUUCUUCCUUUCACGCUAAGCGCUCUGAAUACGGGCAGCACGCUGUCUGGGUAACCAAGUACCGCGAAGAUGAGAUGUUUCCGUCCGGUAGAUACACGAUGCAGUCCAUGGGCGGUGAAGGCAUCGCAAGUGCGAUCGAGAAGAGGGCGGGCGAUGAGAAGGAAGCGAGGAUCAGGAAUGAGGAUGUGGUAGUCUGGCAUACGUUUGGGUCGACGCAUAAUCCGCGGAUCGAGGAUUGGCCGGUGAUGCCGUGUGAGAAGAUGGUGAUUGGACUGAAGCCGGUGAACUUUUUUGGGGAGAAUCCGGGACUGGAUGUGGCUCCGAGUACGCAAGAAGUGAACAAGAGUGUGUUGUUUGAUGGGAAGGGGGAUGGUGGGGAGGCUUGCUGUCAGACCUCGGGAGCAUAG